CGUGGGCGUGACGUCAUCGGAGGUCCUUUAGCCUGCUGGGAGGAAAAGGUGUUUUGCGGGCUCUGGACAUCUGGUCCCAAGCAGCAGGGCCAAAGCUCAGUCUUCAGAAUGGACCAGGAGAAGAGUCAUGUAACUGAGCAAAUAUUAAGUUUCACCCUGGAGAUCAUCUAUUUGCUCACUGGGGAUAACUAUGGUCCCUUGAAGAAGACACUCAGCAGCUGCCUCGACAUCCCAGGAAAAUUGAGCAGGACUCAAAACCCUAUCACAUUGCCUUCAUUUCAUCCGAUAUAUGAGAGAAACAAUGAGCAGAAGAUUUUGGAACUCACUAACAAGAUCAUUCAUCUGCUGACUGGAGAGGUUCCUAUAAGGUAUCAGGAUGUCACUGUCUAUUUCUCCAUGGAGGAGUGGGAGUAUUUAGAAGGACACAAGGAUCUAUACAAGGACUUCAUUAUGGAGACUCAUCAGCGCCUCAAAUCACUGGAUGGGUCUAAGAGAAAUACAGAAGAGAGAAGUACCAGUCCUCUUUGUCCACAAGAUGCUAAAGUGGAAAACCAAACUGUGAUUCAAGAUUGUGUUAUGAAGCCAAACGAAGUCUCCAAGAAACAUAACAAGGUUGAAGAUGUAAGUAUGUGGGAAGUUGAAGUUGCUCCUAAGAUCAAAGGAAAAAGAAUGAAUGCCGUAAGUGAACAGCAGCAGAAGGAAACGAUUAUAGAUCUUACCCCAGAAGUAUACAGUGUAACACCAGAAAGAUGCACCAGUCCUCCUUAUCCAGCACCUUAUGCAUUAAAUGAGAAAUCCUUCAAAAAACAGAAUGAGGAUGAAAAUCUGAAUAUUGUCAUAAUUGACAUUGAAGAAGAAGAUGAGGAAUAUAUAGGGGAUGACCAGCAGUGUAAAAUGGAGGCACAGGUUCCUAGAGGUGUUAGUACAGCCCUUGAAGACAGCGGACAGUCUUCGGGAAUCAGUCCCCCUUCUAUCCCAAAAAACAAUGAUUUUUACCAGAAUUUUCUCCCAGGUGCUAACUAUAACUCUGAAAUGCAAUUUGCUCAAAAUCCAGAUUUUCAUUCUUUUCACUACAGACAUGAACUGUAUUUCCAAGAUCCUGGAGUUAAACCCCAGCCAAAAGUGGGAAAUAAACAGUACAUUUGUACUGAAUGUGGGAAGUGUUUUUCUCGAAAUAACGAUUUGGUUAUGCAUAAGAGAUUGCAUCGAGGGAAGGUUCCUCUUGUCUGUUCUGUGUGCGGCAAAUGUUUUCCCAGUAAUUCCCAUCUUUUAAUACAUUUGAGAAUUCAUGCAGGAGAGAAGCCCUUUAGUUGUUUAGAAUGUGACAAGCGUUUUAAGAGCAAUUCUCAUCUAGUGACUCACCUAAGGAUCCACAGGGGAGAAAAGCCUUUCAUCUGUCCGGACUGUGGAAAAAGCUUUAACGACAAAUCCAACUUCGGAAGGCACAAGCGAAUCCACACAGGCGAAAAACCGUUUACAUGUAGCGAAUGUGGAAAAGGCUUUAAUCGCAAAGCCAAUCUUCUAAUUCAUCAGAGAACCCACACUGGGGAAAAGCCCUUUGCCUGCUGUGAUUGUGGGAAGCGGUACACCAGCAAAGCUGAACUGGUCCGACAUAAAAUUUUCCACAUGGAAGGGAAACAGUUUUCAUGUUUGGAGUGUGAUGAAAAAUGUAAUGAGAAAUCCAGUCUCCUCCUCCACCAGAUGAUUCACAAAGGAGAGAAGCCGUUUUCCUGUGCAGACUGUGGGAAAUGUUUCGCCAACAACUCCCAGCUGGUAACACACGAGCGCAUUCACAAAGGAGAGAAGCCAUUUGUGUGUCAAGAAUGUGGGAAAAGCUUUAAUGACAAGUCAAAUUUCAUCAGACAUAAGAAGAUUCACACCGGGGAGAAGCCCUUUGCUUGUUUCGAGUGCGGCAAAGUCUUUAACCGGAGAGCAAAUCUCUUGUUACAUCAAAGAACUCACACAGGAGAGAAGCCAUUUGCCUGCUCUCAUUGCGGGAAGUGUUUCACAAGCAAUUCAGGUCUCGUUGUACAUCAAAGGCUUCACUAUGUCUAACUGUUUUUAUGAAAGAUUUCGUAAAAUAAAAAAUCUCUUUGUACAAUCUUAGGAGAUUUGCCGGUUCUGGGAGGGAAGGGGGGCAAACUUGGCAAAAAUCAUAUGGCAGCAGAGUUUCACAUAAGACAUUUCUUACCACUAUCAUCCAUGAAGGAACUUUUCAGUUGGGGCCUAAAGUGUUAAUUUUUUCACAAUGCCUCUUGACAGUUUCUUGGCUUUAGGGAUUAAUACUUGCACUCAACCAGUAUUAAAACUGAUUAUACAAAUCUAUUAUCGGUAGAUGACUUCUAUAACGUGAUUAGAAAGAAUAUGCUUGCCAUGGAUACAGCAUAUUUCUCUUCCUUACAAAUGUUUUAAAGGGUAUAAUUAUAUUACAAAUAUGUCUCAUUUUCACAAUUUCAGUUAUCCAAAGCCAUUCGUGUGAGAGAAAAUAAGUUUGUUUACAAGAAUUUGCAGAUUCUAUAUUGACAGGGAAUGUCCCACAGGAUUGGCGCAUGGCAAA